AGUUUUCAUAAGCUGCUAGACACCGCCGUCGCGACCAGUCGCCGUCAUACACCGUGCUCUCCGUAACAAAGCCCAAACUCUUCAAACUUCAAAGCCGCUAGGAAGAAGAAGAAGAAGAAACAAAACAAGAAAGAGAAAGAAGAAGAAGAGUUUAAAGAGCAACGAAACGAAAUGACCAACGGAAACAAGAUGCGAGCGGCAUUCAUAAUUGCGACUGUAACAGCAAUCUCCAUCUUCUUAACCGCAAUGAACCGCAGAAGAAUCCGUAACCGUAACAAGAAAUCACCUUCGAGUUCGUGUUAUUUACAUUCCGAACCGAAGCCGCAGAGUUCCUUUAAGCGCGUCUUGGCGGAUAAUUCUUACACUCCUUUCAAGCACUUGAAGAAUCCCAACGACUCUUCUAACAAUGAUAAAGCUUCAAAUUUGCAUCCAUUUGAGGCAGCGAUCACAGCAUUGUUGAAAAAUUCUUGGCCUGAAAUUGAACUUACUACUGAGAUUGUGGACAUGGAAAUGAAUGAUUCUUAUGUUUGGGUCAAUACAGAGCUGCAAGUAAAGGAAUUGGCCAAUGUGUUAAGCAAAGAGAGGUUCUUUGCUGUGGACACAGAACAACAUAGCUUACGAUCUUUUCUAGGCUUUACAGCAUUGGUUCAGAUUUCUACCCAGAAGAAAGAUUAUUUGGUUGAUACAAUCGCGCUACAUGAUCUAAUGCCAAUUCUUUGCCCAGUUUUUGCGGAUCCUUCUAUUUGUAAAGUGUUCCAUGGAGCUGACAAUGAUGUUGUCUGGCUACAAAGGGACUUCCAUAUAUAUGUUGUUAAUCUAUUUGAUACUUCAAAGGCAUGCGAGGUGCUGUUGAAGCCACAGAAAUCACUUGCUUAUCUACUUGAAACUUACUGCAGUGUGACAACAAAUAAAUUAUUACAGCGUGAAGACUGGAGACAGCGCCCCCUCUCAGCAGAAAUGGUGCAUUAUGCACGAACAGAUGCACACUAUUUGUUGUAUAUUGCAAACUGUUUGAUUGCUGAGCUCAAACAACUUGACAAUGAAAACUCUUGUGACGAUGACAAAUUCCAUUUUGUUCACGAGGCUAGUCGGCGUUCAAACAUAACGUGUUUGCAACUUUAUACAAAAGAAGUUGAAGCUUCUCCUGGUGAUUCUGCUGCAUCAUCAUUAUUUUCUCGUCAUGUGAGUGGUCAAGGCUUCACUUCAGUUUCCAAUGAAACCCAGUUUCAGACUAUUGUGAAGCAACUGUGUGGAUGGAGAGACCUGAUGGCUCGUAUUCAUGAUGAGAGCUUAAAAUAUGUACUGUCUGACCAGGCAAUUGUUGCUUUGGCAAGUCAACCUUUGUCAAGUGAAUCCGAAAUAUACAAUCUCAUAGCUCAGGCUGAUAACAAUGUGGAAAUGGGUCUCAAUUUUUUCAUCCAUUCCCCAUCUCCUGUUGUUUGCAGCCACUUGAGUGAUAUCCAUCAUAUUCUUGCAGACAAGUUGAUUAACCAUGAUCACAUUUAUUCAUGGAUUAUUCAGAAGUGCCUGGGUCCAAAUGGGACUUGUCCACUUUCUAUAUUUAAUUAUGCUUUGCUGUUUAACAGCAACUUAAAACCUAGUUUAGCUUAUAAACCCUCUGGUCUAAAGAAUCAUAGACAGAUAUCCCGGAAAGCUUCUCGAGAUUUGUUUGUCCAAAAAUUCUCCUGUAAGGCUCCUGUUUAUCAUAACUGCCGGAUAUUUGCUAAUGAUGGGAGGCUGCUUUGUUACUGUGAUAAGAAGAAGCUUGAGUGGUACCUAAGUCGGGAUCUCGCAAAACUUGUUGAUAAGGACCCACCAGCUAUAAUGCUUCUAUUUGAACCCAAAGGUCGCCCAGAGGAUGAAGACAAUGAUUUCUACAUUCAGAGUAAGAGAAAUAUAUGUGUUGGAUGUGGUGAAGGAAGUCACUACUUACGGUACCGAAUAAUCCCAUCCUGUUACAGAAUGCAUUUUCCUGAGCAUUUAAAAAGCCAUCGUUCUCAUGAUAUUGUUCUACUCUGCGUGGAUUGCCACGAAAUUGCCCAUGCGGCUGCAGAGAAGUACAAGAGAAAAAUAGCUGCUGAGUUUGGAAUUCCUCUGUACGUUCAAAGGGUCGUUCAUCCUGAACAAGAGCCUAAUGUACAGAUUGAGGAGGGUGUAUCUCCAUUACAGUUACGUAUAGCAGCUAUGGCUCUUAUACGCCAUGGACCAAGAAUGCCUCAAAAUCGCCGUGAAGAACUGACUGAGGUUGUGAAGAGAUAUUAUGGAGGAAGGGAAAUAUCUGAGGAAGAUCUAGAAAGAGCUCUGAUAGUUGGCAUGAGUCCUCAUGAGAGAAGACGGUUUGAGAAGAAGAGGGGUUUCUCUUUCAGACAUGUGGGUAAAAUAACAGCAGUGUCUGAAGAGGAAAACCCUGCUGAUUCCACAACCAGAAUCAGUAAUGGGGAUGCAUCAAAGGUUGGUUCCCUUGAUGAUGGUUCAUGUGCAAAUGAAGAAACAAGUAAUGAUGUAGAUAGAGAACAUUUGAUGGUAAACGAUGAUUCAGGAAACCCUUCUUUAGCUUCUGAUCUUGCAGUGGAUGCAUCUGUCUCUCCUGCUACUAAAAAUGGGUACACAAGCUCAUUUGAAAUUGUGGAUUAUAGUGAAAUUAGUGACUCUGCUACAAAUGUUGAUGGCACUAGUCUGAGAAAAAAGCAACCAAAUGGAAGUGAUGACUUAUCUUAUCCUCCCAACGAUGAAGAAUCGACUCAAACUAAACAUAAUUCAAAACAAUCACUCUUAGGACAUGGACCGCAUGGACAAGAAGUUGUAGAACAUUUAAUGAAGGAAUAUGGGGAAGAAGGCAUUGGACAAUUCUGUCAACGGUGGAGACAAGUAUUUGUUGAAGCUGUAAAUCCACGUUUUCUUCCUGCUGGUUGGGAUGUAAAACACAGGCUCUGACUGUGGACACUUUUGCCAGCGGAAGAAGGGACUUCGGUGAGUUCAGUGUAUACAAUCCUGGCAGAAGAGUUGGCGCUACUACGUAGUAAUGACUCUGCGGAGCUGUGGCAUGCUUUCGUUGUUGCUGCUCUAUCAAAUUUACGGUGUUACUCCACAUCCUCGUAUAGUACAUCCUGUACUGUUCAGAGAACAUAGGUUUGAUGAUAUGUUCAUCUCAGUUGGUCAGUUUGUUAUUUUGGUGAGAAUAUUUUGUUUUAUAGCAAGCAUAAGUGCAUUAUAAAGACAUAGUUGCCUUCGUUUAUAUUCUUCCCUUUUGGUCUGAUGGUGGUUAUCAUUUCAACUUGGGGAAAAAGCAAGCAUUUCUGUUUAAUGUACAAACUUGGUAAUCUU